CAGUCAAUAUGGUGAAUGUAUUUUUCUCAACCUCUUUGGUGGCAGAGUGCAGGCCACAGUUUGCUUUCACUUGGAGGAGCAUCCAAUGCACCUGGAACUGACUGCCCCAGGGGUGGAAACAGCCCCACCAUUUGCCGUGGAGUGAUCCAGACUGCACUGGAACAGGGUGAAGCUCCAGAGCACCUGGAGUACCUUGAUGACAUCAUCGUAUGGGUCAGCCUAGCAGAAGUCAUCUCUGAGAAAGGGAAGUCCAAAUCCUUCUGAAAGCUGUUUUCACCAUACAACAAGGUAAGGUCAAGGGACCUGCACAGGAGAUCUAGUUUUUAGGAAUAAAAUGGCAAGAUGGGCAUCGUCAGAUCCCAGUGGAUGUGAUUAACAAAAUAGCAGCCGUGUCUCCCCCAACAAGCAAAAAGGAAACUCAAGCUUUCUUAGGCGUUGUGGGCUUCUGGAGGAUGCAUCUUCCAUAUGACAGUCUGAUCGUAAGCCCUGUCUACCAGGUGACCUGGAAGCAGAACGAUUUCAAGUGGGGCCCUGAGCAACGACAAGCCUUUGAACAAAUUAAACGGGAAACAGUUCAUGCAGUAGCCCUUGGGCCAGUCUGAGCAGGACCAGAUGUAAAAAAUGUGCUGUAUGCUGCAGCCGGGAAGAGUGGCCCUACCUGGAGUCUCUGGCAGAAAGCACCAGGGGAGACUUGAGGUCAACCCCUGGGGUUUUGGAGUCGGGGAUAGCGAGGAUCCGAGGCUGCUACGCUCCAACUUAAAAAGAGAUACUGGGAGCCUAUGAAGGGGUUUAAGCCAUUUUGGAAGUGGUUGGUACUGAAGCCCAGCUCCCUCUGGCACCCUGACUGCUGGUGCUGGGCUGGGUGUUCAAAGGGAGGGCCCCCUCUACACACCAUACAGCUGAUACUACGUGGAGUAAGUGGGUCGCACUGAUCACACAGCGGGCUCAAAUAGGAAACCCCAGUCGUCCAGGAAUUCUGGAAGUGAUCAUGGACUGGCCGGAAGGCAAAGAUUUUGGAAUGUCACCAGCGGAGGAGGUGACACGUGCUGAAGAGGCCCCACUGCCUAAUAAACUGCCAGAAAAUGAGAAGCACUGUGCCCUGCUCACUGAUGAGCCCUGUCACAUUGUGGGAAAGCAUCGGAGGUGGAAGGCCGCUGUAUGGAGUCCUACACGAUGAGUUGCAGAAGGAGAAGGUGCAUCGAGCCAGUUUAUAGAGGUGAAAGCCAUCCAGCUGGCUUUAGACAUUGCCGAAAGAGAAAAGUGUCCAGUGCUCUGUCUCCAUACUGACUCAUGGAUGGUGGCCGAUGCCCUGUGGGGGUGGUUGCAUCAACGGGAGCAGAGCAACUGGCAGUGCAGAGGCAAACCCAUGUGGGCUGCCCCACUGUGGCAAGACAUUGCUGCCUGGCUAGAGAAGCUGGUUGUAGAAGUUUGUCAUGUAGAUGCCCACCUACCCAAGAGUUGAGAUGUGUACCUCAAGGGGAUUUGAUUAACUUUGAUGAAACUGAGCAAAAUGCAUCAAUGAUGGAACUAGAACUGGCUUCAGCAACUGGCGUUCAGCAACUCCCUUGAAAUCGACUUCUUCAACCUGCAGAAUGUGGGCGUGGACUGCAUCAGAUACACCAGCCAUGAGCUCCAGAUGCAGCAUGCAACAAUCCAACAGCACACACCAUCUCUCCUGCCCUGAGAUACUCUUAUGGCAGAUGGAGCCUGAAGACAUGGACUAAAUGAACUCAGCUGACAUUUUAGAGUGAUGGCCCAUGGACUAAGGGAAUGAUAUCUCUGUGUGUGUGUAUACACACACACAUAUAUAUCUCAAAGACAGGGAAAGUGGUGGUGAUUAAUUGGAAAGUGUAGGAUCUGAACGUGUCGUACAUGGUAUAGAAUAAGGGGUGGAUAAUGUCCUGGUUUCCGGCUGGGAUAGAGUUAAUUUUCACCAGAAGCUGGGAUGGGACGCAGCCAGGACAGGUGACCCAAACUAGCCAGAGGGGUAUUCCAUACCACACCACACCACUGUCAUGCUCAGUAUACGCGGGGUCUCCAGGAUGGGCUGUGUGUCUGAUCGAGUGAGCAAAUUGCAUUGUGUAUCACCUGCUUUGUACGUUCUAAGUACUGUUCUUGCUAUUUCCUCUCCCUGGCUGUUCCAGUAAACUGUCCCUAUCCCAACUCAUGAGGUUUUGCCUUUGUCUUCCGAUUCUCCUCCCCACCCCACCGGGUGAGAGGGGUGAGCAAGUGGCUGCGUGAUGCUCAGCUGAUGGCUGGGGCUGAACCACGACCUAAUGGUUUCUUGUUUCUUUUUUUUACACAUAAGAACUUGGUCUGUAUUCAUGCUUGGUAACUGUGGCGUUAUAUCAGGAGUUGUUUUAGCACAAUGUGUUUAAAAUUUAAAGGCAGGCUACUGGUUGUGUGCAUAUGUGUUGUAUGCACAAGUUUGCUGGGAAUUUGUUUCUUAAAUAGAUUUCUUUCUUUUCUCUUUCUAAUUCAUUUAUUUAUUCAUCAGUCCUCCUUUUUUAAGCUGUAUGACAACACAGAAAAUGCUUUACAGUUGAUUCUAUCUUCUAUUUUUUGCAUGUUGUGAAAAUCUUUAAAAAGUUGGGCUUUGCUUGUGUUCUUGACAGAAGACACUCUCUCAAGAAGCAUCAGCUAGUUUUGCAGACACUGGCAAAAAACCUCAGGCGUGGGUGAUGUGUUACAGAGGUGAAGCAGAUUUUCCUUUCCAAAAUGACUCUCCGAGCUCUGAUUUUGUGUCUGGCUUGUGCUGGGUUUGGAAAGGCAAAUGUGGUUCCGCAGGCUAAACAGAGAAAUGUGACGGUAGGCCACAAUGUGACUCUCAGCUGUACCCUGACAGAACCCCAGGAUGUUCUGCAAGUGACAUGGCAAAAGAACUCUGGAAAAUCACACUAUGAUAAUAUAGCUACGUACAGUAUCGCAAAAGGAUUAAAGAUUCAUGAGCCCUAUCAAGACCGAAUGAAUUUCACAAGUCUGGUACUCAAUGAGACAAGCAUCACUUUCUGGGACACUAGAAUGGAAGAUUCAGGUUGCUACACGUGCCUCUUCAAUGUUUUCCCUUUGGGCUCCUUCUCAGGACGUACCUGUCUGAACGUCUUUGGUCUCAAUGCGUCGGUCCACUACAAAAUUUCCGAAGGUCAUUUGAUCGCCAUCUGUAAUGCUGUUGGCCUCCCAGAGCCCACUGUCACCUGGAGCAACUUGUUCAAUUCUACUCCUAAACAGGAGACAGUCAAGCACAUCAAUGGGAUGGUGUCCAUCACCAGUAAACUGGAGAUCUACAACACUCAGAACAUCGCUUCGCAGGACUUGACCUGCAGAAUAAGCAAUGCAAAUGAAAAAAUAGAAUUGCCUGUGAAAAUGAAAGGAGAAGAGGGAUCUUCGUGGCUUUGGCUGGUGAUUAUUGUGGUGAUUUUAGUUGUCAUCAUAGUUCUGAUUCUGAUCAUGCUGCGCUGGAGGAAGACGAUAUGCAGGAGGGGUUGAAGCGGAACCUAGAGGAUUUCCAUUCACCUACCAGAUCACUGCAGCCCAACAGCCUGAAGUCAACAUUACAACCAGUGACUUGACUGGCUGGAAAGAAAAGCAAUCAAAGGGAAAUAUGUCACAUACACUACCCUAUCUAGAUGCCAAGUUGAUCACUGAAAAGACCAGUCCAAUAUUUGUUAUCCCAUCUAGAUGUUUAAUCAUAAAAAAUAGGACUAGAGGGACCACUUAGCUCCUUUGCUGCCAGGCAAAAUCUACUUUGCUCAUUCUGCUCUUGAAACUGCUAGUGUGCAAAAUAUAUUUGCCUUCUUCCAGCUGAGUUUUGAAAAUGUCCACAGAUGAAGGCUCUGCAAGCUCUCUGGGGAUCCUCUUCAGUAACUGCUGGGAGAUACUGAAUGCCUUCUUUGCUUCAGUCUUUACUGCUUAGGCCAGUCCUCAGGAAUCCCAGAUCUCAAAGAUAGGAGAGAAAGUCUAGAGAAAGGAAGACCUUCCCUUGGUUGAGGAGGGUAGGGUUAGAGAACAUUCAGGCAAACUUGACAUCCACAAAUCCAUGGGCCCUGAUAGGAUGCACCCACAAGUGCUCAGGGAGCUGGCAGAUGUUAUUGCUAUGCCAUUCUCCAUCAUCUUUGAAAGAUCAUGGAGAACAGGACAGAUAGGUGCCUGAGGACUGAAAGAAAGCCAGUGCCACUCCAGCCUUCAAAAAGGGCAAGAAGGAGGACCCAGAAAACUACAGACCAGUCAGCCUCACCUCCAUCCCUGGAAAGGUGAUUGAACAGCUCAUUCUGGGGGUCAUCUCUAAGCAUGUGGAGGGAAAGAAGGUUACCAGGGGUGGUCAGCAUGGAUUCACCAAGGGGAAAUCCUGCCUGACCAGUCUGGUAGCCUUCUAUGACAGCAUGACUGGCUGGGUGGAUGAGGGGAGAGCAGUAGAUGUCUACCUUGACUUCAGUAAGGCUUUUGACACUGUCUCCCAUAACAUCCUCAAGCUUAGGAAGUGCAGGUUAGAUGAGUGGACGAUGCAGUGUGGCUUGAGAACUGGCUGAAUGGCAGAGCCCAGAAGGUUGUGGUAAGCGGUGCAGAGUCUAGUUGGAGGGCUGUAGCUAGCGGUGUGCCCCAGGGGUCAGUACGGGGUACAGUCUUAUUCAACAUAUUCAUCAGUGACCUGGAUGAGGGGACAGAGUGUACCCUCACCAAGUUUGCUGACCAUACAAAACUGGGAGGAGCAGCUGACACACCAGAAGGCUGCACUGCCAUUCAGCGAGACCUGGGCAGGCUGGAGCGUCGGGCAGAGAGGAACCUAAUGAAAUUCAACAAGGACAAGUGUAAGGUCCUGCACCUAGGGAGAAAUAACCCCAAGCGCCAGUAGAGGUUAGAGGUUGACCUGCUGGGAAGCAGUUCUCUGGAGAAGGACCUGGGACUCGUGGUGGGCAACAAGUUAUCCAUAAGCCAGCGACGUGCUCUUGUGGCCAAGGCAGCCAAUGGUAUCCUGAGGUGCAUUAAGAAGAGCAUGGCUAGCAGGUCAAGGGAGGUUUAUCCUCCCCCUCUACUCUGCCCUGGUGAGGCCACAUCUGGAGGAGUAUGGUGUCCAGUUCUGGGCUCCCCAGUUCAAGAAAGACAAGGAACUACUGGAGAGAGUCCAGUGGAGGGCUACAAGGGUGAUUAAGGACUGGUGCCUCUCUCUUAUGAGGAAAGGCUGAGAGAGCUGUGUCUGUUUAGCCUGGAGAAGAGAAGACUGAGAGGGGAUCUCAUCAAUGCUUAUAAAUAUCCAAAGGAUGGAUGUCAAGGUGAUAGGGUCAGACUCUUUUCAGUGGUGCCCAGCGACAGGACAAGAGGCAACAGGCACAAACUGGAACACAGGAAGUUCCUUCUGAACAUGAGGAAAAACUUUUUCACUGUGAGGGUGACCGAGCACUGGGACAGGCUGCCCAGAGAGGUUGUGGAGUCUCCUUCUCUGGAGAUAUUCAAAACCAGCCUGGAUGUGAUCCUGUGCAACCUGCUCUGGGUGAUCCUGCUCUAGCAGGGGGGUUGGACUAGAUGAUCUCUAGAGGUCCCUUCCAACCCCUACCAAUCUCUGAUUCCAGUGCCUAAUUUUUAUUGCAGUAAAGAGCUGUUUAACUUUUACCAACAUCCGUCUACAGUUUCACUUGCAGCAACUCUGCAUUCAUUGCCCUCUUGCUUGCACCUGUUUUUCCUUCUCUUUUUCCAGCUGAUCUGACUCAUUUUCCUCAGUGAAUGGGUGAACGUGCCAAUGACUGUAUUGCUUAACUCUCUCUGGAGAGACCUGCUGGAUUCAAAACCACAGGACUCAAACCAUACCACAUCUGCCAAAAUUAUUGGAGAAGAGCAAUAGGGCUCCAAGCAGGUGACGGAUUAGAGGGAGUAGCAGCCACACUUAGGAAAGAAGAGUUACAAGUAAUUUAUUUUAUUUGGCUUUUCUUUUUAAUCCUGGGGUGUUUUUUUUAAUAUGUAAGAAAGGAGGAGAUGGAAGCAAACAGUGGUGGAAGUACUGUCAUCUCCAUCUUUCCUUUCUGUUUUGCUGUCAUUCUCUCUCUCUCUCUUCCCCCCCCCCCCCCCCCGAAACAACUCUGUUAAUAUUCCAGCCUAGCCUUUUCUUAUCUGUCAAAAUGCAUGGACUAGGUUUGUCGAUAGUUCUCAUGGUCAUCUUUUGCACUGUUCAGAAUAGUGUCCCCUGUCUUUAUCCUCUUUUUUGGUUGUGUCUUUUUAAACACAGACAAAUAGCUCUGCUGGCCAAAAGCCAUUAGUCCAUACUUGGACCUUGUGUGGGAUGUUACACCCUGAGCUAACUAUCAUGUGUCCCUGCUGUGAAUGUAAUGGCAUCAGUGGAGAAUUUUACAGAGGCAGAAUUUACUGCUUUGUCAUAGUUUUGGUAGCAAAGAGAAACACUGCACCGCUCUUGGGCUGGGACCUAACUGCUCCUGCCCCAGGUAAGGAUCGGAGCCCCUCUCCUCCCCACCGCCCCCGGUUGCUCCUCGCUGCCUGCCCAAGCCCAGUGACCGGGCUGUUUCCAGGCUGCCUGUCCCCGCUGCUUGCUGUGCACAGGCAGCAGGCUGCUCCUGAGAGCGGAGCGCUCCGGGGCAUCGCCUUGCAGCACCUCGUCGUACUUGCGGGGGGUCGGAGCCUCGCCAGGGCUCCGUGCCUGCUUCAUAGGGUGAAGGUUGCUAAAAACAAGCCUACCUCUGGGCAUACGGACUUCGUGGCCCAUUUUACUGGCAGAAUAGACAAACAGGAGGACUGCAGGGGGUCCUCUGUUGAUUUUUAUUCUGCUGACAAGUGCUAAUGUUUAAGGUGUUUCUCAGUCUUCCUUCUGUCUGAAUGUUUGUCAUCGUAUCGAGAUGACUACCAGUAUCCUCUUGUCUUUUGGGGACAAGUAGCAUUUGUUUGUGCAUCUGAAAUAUUCCAUCUUACUGUGUACCAUUUUGGAUUGUGCUUUGUAUGAUGUAUGUUUACAAACUGUCAAUCUAAAAAAAUCAAGAUUUAGCAGAUACAAGACUUAUGACUCAGUGUUCAGAACCGAUAUUUUGUUGGUUCCAGAGCGGUGGCCUCUCCAGAGUCUGGCAAAAAGUUGUGUGGGGGGUGUAUGUCCGCAUGUAUUAUUGAGGGCGUGAAGGCUGACAUUUGCCGUUACUAUUGUAGGUGCAAUUCGAAUUAUUUAUUUAUAUAUUUCACUUUUUCUAAUUAAGAAAAAAAAGUCUGAUCCAGCCAAAACACCAACUAGUCUUCUUCCCCCGCCCCCCCCAGCUCUGCUUGUUUGGGAUACCAGAAACACUUCAUUGCAAGUUGGGCUUUUUUGUAGCUUUGAUUUACACUUUGCUUCCUUUCUGUACAGGAAGUGGCACUUCAAGGGGUUUUUAAGGUAUUUGGAGUUUUUCUUUUGUUUGGCUCUUUUUUUUUUUUUUAAACUUUUGAGAUAAAUUUAUAGAAGUAUUUUUGACUACAGCAGCUGUGGUUUACUUCCAAUUUGAAAAUAACCUCAGUCAAACAAAAAAUUGUAUUUUAUAUUUUUAGAGCUAUUGUGUGUGUCAUGUUCGUUGCUUAAUUACUCUUUGUCUGAAGUUACAUGCUCUACUGAUGUAUUGACUGUCCUGUUUUCUGUAUUUGCCUUUGCUGAAAAGAAACUAAAUAAAGCGACUUUGAACA